UCCGUCCCUUAGUUCUACAGUCGAUCACCUUAAGCCACUUCACACGCCGUUCAACCAGCCCACAUCACCCGGCAGGCCCUCUUAGCGCUAUCGAGUCCGACAUCACCCAGCCUAAACAAACCGUUCACCUUUUAGCGGUGAAAGUUGGCAGGUUUCUGAUGCAGGCCUGCUGAUAUUCCUGUGCCCCGGCUUCUUAGGCUAUCGCAACUGCUGCUACGGCUCUGUCCCAGCGGUCCGUCUCCGGUCGUAGGGAGGUAGUCUGCUAUAGGUUGUGUCCGUCUGCAAAUCAGCCAGCCAUUGAACCAGCGCCGUUUGCCGUGGGCGCAGCAAAACCACUACGACGAGAGGUACUAACUACCAGGGGACGGCGCUGAAGUACACACAGUUGACAGUGGGUUUCGUAGUGAGCAUCAACACUAUUGUUACUUGUUGUUUAGGGGAAGACCAGUUGCCUGAUCGCCGACGGAGUAAAUCGCUCGUGUCUGGAGUGAGCGAUUGGGCUGCAGUGUUUCCGAUAGAACUGGUGACCAAACAGACAAGCACCGUCACUCCGGAGCAGUCAUAUUCUGGAUAAAAAUUAGUGAAGCGGCCGACGAGAAGACCCCUGGGUGUUCUGUCGCUAUUCUAGAACAAGUCUGUAUUGUAUUCGUGUGGCCGUAUAGUGAUCUUGGUCGCUGUGCCUCGACGUCAGGACGUCACCGAGCAGAAACUAGUGGAUAGUUGGAUUUUGCUGCAUCGAAGGACCGUCAUGUGUAUGUGACGGUUUCGCUUUUGACUUGUCGUCGUCUUCGUUUGUCGCUUGUCUCUGAUGAGAGAACAACAUUAAAGGGAACGUUGCCUCUAGCCCAGCUUAACCCCCCUAAUCUGAAGGAACCGGCGAAAUGAAUUGCCCUUAAGCAGGUGAACAGCAAUAGCGAAUUGUCGUGACGGUUUGUUUGCGGAAAUUUUCUAAAGUUAGUGGCGUGAUUCGAGUGGCGACAGUAACAAAGUGGCGACUUUGAAAUGAUCGAGAAGUUCGGCCACCGCCGAAAGCUGCUUUUAGAAUGGAGAUAAAGCGGGUGGACGAGGGCGGAAGUGAUAUCUAUUAGUGUCAGAGUAGCAAACGUUGGCGGCAGGACCCCAGUACUCGGUAGGGGUGACGUGUUCACCGACCUUUCGGGUACCUUUUGUAGAACCAUUAGCGAACAGGAAUAAUGAUUUAGUGCAGUUCCCGUCCGUACCGUCUCACCUGAUUUACACAAGAAGCUAAUUGGAUCGAGUCAAGAAGUGAGAUGACUGCCAAGCGACUCAGUUUGGGACAGUCGCUAAUAUGUCAUAUGUUUUUGGUCGUCGCUAACCGUAACCCGGCGCGGUAGAACUAAUACGACAUCGACUACUAUUAUGGCAUACUGACCAAAGCCGUAAGUGGAGUGCGGCCGCAAUCCUGUAGUGGUUUCUACUGUAUACUCGUAGUAGCAAUGAUGAUGGAAAAAUUUGAUUCGGCGUAUACACACACAGUAUAACAGUAAAAGCUGUAGAAGCUGCUCAAAGCGAGUGACAUGUUGUCAGCGAUCUCAGGACUCCCAACAGCAGUGUCUUCAGAGCAAAAACAGUAGACGCUGGAAAAGCAAGAUGGAUCUUCAGCAGACAAUUUUGUCAGGCGUGAAUCGUAUCACACAAUCGAUGCAGAGUCCCAUGCGGCUCCGCGACCUAAUUCGACAGAUUCGAGCAGCCCGGACUGCGGCAGAUGAACGGGCCGUAGUACAGAAGGAGUGCGCGUACAUCCGAAGCACAUUUCGAGAGGAUGACAGCUUGUGGCGGUGUCGUAACGUCGCUAAGCUCUUAUACAUUCAUAUGCUGGGCUAUCCAGCCCAUUUUGGACAGCUCGAAUGUCUGAAACUAAUUGCAUCACAACGAUUCACCGACAAACGCAUCGGAUACUUAGGUGCGAUGCUUUUACUUGACGAACGACAAGACGUCCACUUGCUCGUGACAAAUUCGCUCAAGAACGACCUUAACUCGCAGACACAGUUCAUCGUUGGUUUAGCGUUGUGCACACUGGCGGCUAUAUGUAGUCCCGAAAUGUCUAGAGAUCUGGCAGGUGAAGUAGAGCGUCUUCUCAAGACCUCUUCAAACCCCUACAUCAAAAAAAAAGCCGCCCUGGCAGCUUUUCGCAUUAUAAGACGAGUGCCAGAAUUAAUGGAAAUGUUUAUACCAGCCACACGUUCUCUACUGUCAGAGAAAAAUCACGGUGUGCUAAUCACUGCAGUUGUGCUGGUUCACGAAAUGUGUGAACGAUCACCAGACACGUUAGGUUACUUCCGCAAAUCUGUGCCGCAACUGGUUCGCGUGCUCAAAAAUCUCAUUUUGUCUGGGUACUCGCCAGAACACGACGUCUGUGGCGUAUCUGACCCUUUUCUACAGAUCAAAAUUCUUCGGUUACUCCGCCUGCUUGGUAGGAAUGAUAGCGAAUGUUCGGAAGCCAUGAACGACAUACUUGCACAGGUGGCAACAAAUACGGAGACGGCAAAAAAUGUUGGCAAUGCAAUCCUCUACGAAUCGGUGUUAACUAUUAUGGAUAUCCGCUCAGAGUCGGGACUUCGUGUAUUGGGUGUUAACAUCCUCGGACGGUUUUUAUUGAACACUGACAAAAAUAUUCGUUACGUUGCAUUAACUACACUCUACCGAACAGUAAAGGCUGACUAUCAGGCGGUACAAAGACAUAGAAAUACAAUCGUCGACUGCUUAAAAGACCCCGACGUGUCUAUUCGAAGAAGAGCCCUGGAGUUGUGUUUUGCACUAAUCAAUUCGCAAAAUAUAGAGUUCAUGACUCGUGAAUUGUUGAUCUUCCUCGAGAGCGCGGAACCCGAGUUCGCACAGAGUUGUUCGAGUAACUUAUUCCUAGCCACGGAAACGUACGCCCCGUCAAAAAAGUGGCACGUCGAAACCAUGAUCAAUGCGCUUACGCUAGCAGGCAACUACGUUAACGAUGAUGUCGUCGGUUCAUUAAUUCAACUUCUAAGUGCGUGUGAAGAUAACAACCUAUACACGUUUGCUGUUCGGCGUCUCUGGAAAGAAAUGUCUGGAAUUGAACCUGCUAGUGAGGUAUCAGCGUACCAACCGUUGUGUCAAGUUGCAUGUUGGGCUAUUGGUGAGUUUGGUGAUCUUCUGCUAGCCACUGGCGAUAACGAUGACAAUGGAGAUGUGGCCAAAGAAGGUGAGGCCGGAGUAAUCGCCUUUUUCGAACAGUGGCUUUUGUUCAACAUCCAGCUGAGCGUGGCAACGCGAGCUUAUGCGCUGCUUGCGCUCCAAAAACUCAGUGUGCGAUUUUCGUCGGAGAGUUCCAAUCGUAUCAAGUGCGCUGUGGACUCGUUAUCGUCCAGCGUUCAUGUUGAAUUGCAGCAGCGGGCGUCAGAGUUCGCGGCGUUAUUUACGCGGCACGACAAUCUGCGGCCCGCUUUGUUAGAACGGAUGCCCCCGAUAACGAUGAAACCUUCAAUUAAGUCUCAUCAGCACCAGACCGUCUCAGAUGAAGUUUCAACAACGAUUAGUAAUAUUAAUUCGGUCGACAUAUCGCCUACUGUGACAACCAAUGUCACAAACAAUAACGGCCAUACCGGAGUCGAUAAUCUGCUCGAUUUCUUGGCCGUUCCUGAUGAAGUCAUUGGUGUCCCGCCCACGUCACAAGUGUUGAAUGCGUCUCCUGGAGCUAUUGUCGAUAACAUAAACCUCUCAUCGGCUAGUACAAAUAAUAAUACUGCGCUUUUUGACCUCCUCGGUGACCUGGGAGGUUCCACGCCAACUGCUCCAGUCGGCGUCGUACCAGCGCCGUCUAUACCAAACUCGAUCGGCUUCCUGGGAAGUGACAUUCUGGUCUCUUCAGCAGAUAAGAAGCUCAAUCAGAGGAAUUCUAUGCUUCAGGGAAAUAAUGAUGCUCUCGCAAACAACCUCUCGCUCAGUCUCGACUCCAUGGGACUUUCAGGUAGCACGGAGCUUACGUGCCAGCAAAAUGCCUGGCAAAUAAUACCGGCUAUCGACGUUGAUGACCUGCAUAUAACAAUGAAAUAUCCUCAGGUCGUACCCCCUGGUCAGCCAGUGAUCUUUAUUGUAAACAUAACAAAUAGGGGAUUGGAACCCGUUAGUGAGUUACUUUUCCAGGUGGCCGUACAGAAGACAUUCCAACUAGAGAUGCUACCACCGACAGGAAAUAGCUUACAGCCCAAAAAUUUAAGUGAAAUUCAGCAAACCGUAAAGGUUACGCCACCAGUGAAUGGAACAGGCUCUAAGCUUCGAAUGCGACUACGACUGAGUUACAUACGAGGGUCCGGCGUGGAAAAGACCACGCAACAAGGCGAAGUGAACAACUUCCCGGGACUCUGGUAACAAUCGCCGCUGAUGAAAAUUGCAAAUACCGAGCAAGCCGUAGCGACGUCAGCUUCGACUCCGGUUCAGCCGAUUCUCGCUCGCUACGAUAUGGGUCGAUUUUUGUGAUCGCAGUAACCCUAACGCAAUUAAGAAGAUCAUCGAUGCACAGCAGGCGACACAGUCAUACUAUUAGAUCAUCGUAUAAGAGUUCCAGCUGUAAGCUAUAUCAUUGCAGAAAGAGGAAAAAGAAAACGAAGACGAAACAAGCUGUGCUUAUUUACUAAAUGUACAACAUAUUUUAUCUUUUAAAAGAUGUAUACAUAUAUAUGAAGGGAAAAAAUAUAUAAAUGCAUACAUUCAGCUGGUUGGUGAAAUGGACACGUUAUUAAUAGAAGCUUUGGACAAAGUAGUGUACGCUAAUGCGACUAGUGGUAUACAAGAACCGGAAAUGAUGAGGUUCAGCGCAAUAAACAAGAAACAAAAAAAGCAUACGUUUAUUGCAAAAGCCCUGACCAGUGAGUUACGAGGAGCAGCCUGGGAUCAACGUUGCGCUAUCGAAGUCGCCCAGGGUUGAAUUGCGCAGUGAAUUAAUUAUUAUGUCAGCGAGGAGGCCUGUUAAGUCGAAUCUAUAAAGGCUACUUUAGCUGGAGCUGAUAUCAUUUCAUACGUAAAACGUACGAAGCCAAUCGGAGAAACAUAGUACAGUUCAGAAACAUUAUGGAAAAUGAAAAGAAGCAAAAAGACGAAUGUGGGCCGGGUACAGAGCACUUCAUAUGCAACAUUAGUCGAAUAUGGAAGAGUUAAUGAUAGCAUCGUGUUAUAAUUAUUAAUUUAUUAAUCAUAUAUGUUUUUAGACAUCUUGAAAGACAGGUGCCGAUAGGCAAAAUAGUUGCCAACAGCUUACAUGUGAACCCUCGCGUCAGUGAUAUGACAGUGCAGUCAAAGCCAUUCAACUGCCGAUCCAAACAAACUACGAAUAUAAAUGGAAUAAAGAAUUUAUUGAAGGGUGUAGUUCCUGACCUAUUAUUAUUAUUUCUGGGCAAAUCGAGUCAGUGUUUCUGUACACGGUGAAGAACUAAAGAAGAUAACGCGGACUAAGAUAAAUUGAAAUUUGUCGGAUUUUCAAACCGUUAUACACUAACCGUUAUCAUGAAUUUAAUUAUCUCAUUAUAUUUAUCAGUGAACUGAGAUGUACAUGAUAGUGCAUAAUAAGAUCACGUACAAGGCGCAAUCUCCUCAACUAAUUACUAAUUGACGAAAUGGAAGGUGACAUGAGAAAUGCAUUUGUCUGUUUCUUUACUAUUAGCAAACGGCUCAUUUGGGUUGAGUAAGUACAAGAAUGUUUUGUUUAGAGUUUUUAGGUUGUUUGUGGACUGACACAGCAUAGACAAUUGGCCUCUAAGAUGUGUUACUUAAACAAUAGACUUAUUUCAGUGAGUUGUAUAAUUAUAACCGCAAAUUUAUUCGGCAAAAGCGGCAGAGUCACAGAGACAAACAUACGAAGAGAACGGCUAAUGUCAGUUAGUAGCCGUGAGGCGACCGUUUAGCGCAGAAUGCAGAUCUGUAUAAAUCACGACAAUAUUAGGGCAACUGCGGUAGAACUACGCUGAAUUGCGGACCGGAAUAUUGUUUGGAACGAAAAUAGAAGUGAUUAGCGGGCUAGCUUUGUCAGUAGAAAAAGAGGUGUCUAUGUAAAAUGAGUGCAGAGACUAAUAUAUGA